UUACAUUAAAAAAGUUUUGUAUAUCCCACCCGAACGAGCUCAAACCUGGUAAAGUUUUCUCACUUGCACGAGGCCGAAGGUCAUCAUCUCCAUCGGUCAUCACAACUUCACACAACCUCUAAUUUCCUCUUCAGAAAUCAAACAAAUCCCUAAUUCUCCUUUUUUUUUCACUUUUUCUCUCGUCGAUCAAUUUUUCGACAUUGAAAAUUCUCGAAUUUGGUGUAAACCCUAGAUUCUCACCGUUCAACAAUGUCAACUUCUGGGCAACAUCAGUUUAGAUACACACAGACGCCAUCGAAGGUCCUCCAUUUGCGCAAUCUUCCAUGGGAGUGCUCCGAAGAAGAGCUUGUUGAGCUCUGUAAACCUUUCGGCAAAAUUGUGAAUACGAAAUGCAAUGUCGGCGCUAAUCGCAAUCAAGCCUUCGUCGAAUAUGCAGAUCUUAACCAGGCUAUUUCAAUGGUUUCGUAUUAUGCGUCCGCGUCGGAGCCGGCGCAAGUUCGGGGUAAAACUGUGUACAUUCAGUACUCGAAUAGGCAUGAAAUAGUGAAUAAUAAGAGCCCUGGUGAUAUUCCGGGGAAUGUCUUGCUAGUUACUAUGGAAGGAGUGCAACCUGGUGAUGUGACCAUUGAAGUUAUUCACUUGGUUUUUUCUGCCUUUGGGUUUGUCCACAAAAUUGCCACUUUUGAAAAGGCAGCUGGGUUUCAGGCGUUGAUUCAAUUCAGUGAUGUUGACACUGCAAGUGCAGCAAAGAAUGCGUUGGAUGGGAGAAGUAUACCCAGGUAUUUGCUUCCGGAGCAUGUAAGUUCAUGUAAUCUGCGGAUCUCAUAUUCUGCACACACGGACCUGAAUAUUAAGUUUCAAUCUCAUAGGAGCAGGGACUACACCAAUCCAUACCUUCCUGUGAACCCUACUGCUUUUGAUGGUCUUUCCCAGCCUGUUGUAGGUGCUGACGGAGUUAAAAAAGAACAGGAGAGCAAUGUGCUUCUUGCUGCAGUGGAGAAUAUGCAAUAUGCUGUUACUGUUGAUGUUCUACAUACGGUAUUUUCUGCAUUUGGCACAGUUCAAAAAAUAGCUAUCUUUGAGAAAAAUGGCCAGACGCAAGCUCUGAUUCAGUAUCCUGAUGUCAGUACUGCUUCUGUUGCCAAAGAUUCAUUGGAAGGACAUUGCAUAUAUGAUGGUGGCUACUGUAAGCUUCAUCUAACAUACUCUCGUCAUACUGAUCUCAAUGUAAAGGCUCAUAGUGACAAAAGUAGAGAUUACACAAUCCCAGAAAUCGUCCAACAGACUUCAGGUUAUCCUGGAGCUCCUGCAGCACCAUGGAUGAAUCCUCAAACAGGUGCAGGGUACCCUCCAAAUGGCUACAGCACUAAUGCUAAUAUGCCGCCGCAGACUCAUGCAGCACCUCCACCCUCAUGGGACCCCUCUAUGCAGCCUGGAAGGCGGACAUUUGUAUCGGUGCCUAGCACCUUUCCUGGCCAAACAUAUACAGCAUCUCCGGUUCCUGCGUAUGCUUCUGCUCCGAUUUCACCAGCCCCAGGAGCUUCAAUGCCAAUGACUCCACCUGCUGCUUCACGUGCGAGUCAGGCUCCUUAUUACCCAUAAACAAGUUUAUGUUUUAUAAUUGUUACCCAAUUGGGUAUUUCUCAUAUUAUAUGAAUUUCUGAGUGAAGUUAGUAGAAUCUAUUAUGACACACUUAUAAGGAAGCCAACUUUUGUGCUGUUCAUAGGUUUCCUUGAAAGGCCCAAACCAUCCUGAAAGGGUGUGAGGCAUCCAACAUCUGAUCUUCUGUCUUUUAGGGGCGUUUGAAUACUAUUUGGCUGUGGGGUUAUUUACUACUCAUGUGGUUCUUGCACUCUGAUUUUGCAUAGUUAGAGAUUUAGGUAUACACAUGGUCUGCUGCAUCCAAUGGGAACAAAACUUUUCAGAAUUUUUUCUCAAUCGAUAUAUCUUUAGGGAGGAUAUGCACAGGCUAUAUUCCUUUUUCUUCUUGUA